AUGGCUGGACAUCGAUUUGUUGCCAACAGAACAUCACAGCAUGCUUUAUCUAAUUCUGAUUACACCUGGGAGUAUGAAUAUUAUGAAUAUGGGCCCAUUUCAUUUGAAGGGCUCAAGGCUCAUAAGUAUUCCAUUGUGAUUGGGUUUUGGGUUGGCCUGGCUGUCUUCGUCAUUUUUAUGUUCUUUGUACUGACCUUGUUGACAAAGACAGGAGCACCACAUCAAGAGAAUGCAGAUCCUUCUGAGAAAAGACUCUGCAUGAACAGCUUUGUGGCCGACUUUGGAAGGCCACUGGAUUCUGGCCGGAUCUGUUCCCAACAAGCUGCUGAAGAAUCGAGGUUGCUCUUCCACUGCUACAUAAAUGAAGUUGAGAAUUUGGACAGGGGAAAACAAUGCCACAAAGCUCCAGUUCUGGACAGUAACAUCCACUUCCAGGAAGUGGUCCGGAGCACUGGGAGAGUCGAGGAGGAGCUGAGUUGUCACACAAAAUUCAACAUCCCAAACUUUGUGAACACUGACCAGAACUCUUCGCUGGGUGAAGAUGACCUGUUGAUUUCAGAGCCACCAAUCAUUUUAGAGAGCAAGCCAGUGAGUCAGGCUUUACACCAGCUUCUCAACUAA